AUGGCAGAAAGGAAGCGAAAGCUCGAACCUCAAUCCAACGACGACGACACCACCACCACAGAACCCCCACACAAGCAGCUCCAAUUCGAGAACGGCGACGAAGAAACCACACAGAUCCACGAAAACGACGACGUAGACGAAGAGCCAAUCGAAGAUCUCCUCGAACCGUUCUCCAAGGAACAACUCUCGAUUCUCCUCAAAGAAGCAGCUACGAACCACCCCGACGUCGCCGAUCGGAUCCGGAUCGCCGCCGACGAGGAUCCGGUCCACCGCAAGAUCUUCGUCCACGGAUUCGCGUGGGACACCAAAGCCGACGCGCUGAUCAAAGCGUUUAAGCGGUACGGAGAGAUCGAAGAUUGUAAAUGCGUCGUCGAUAAAGUCACGGGGCAGUCGAAAGGAUACGGUUUCAUUUUAUUCAAGUCACGUGCCGGUGCACGUGCCGCUUUAAAGGAGCCUCAGAAGAAGAUUGGGACACGUGUCGCCGCGUGUCAGUUAGCUUCGAUGGGACCUGUUCAGGGAGGGAAUAGUAGUGUUGUUGGUGGUGGUGGUGGUGGUGGGGGGAGUUCUCAGCAUUUUAAUCCUGAGCAUGUGCAGAGGAAGAUUUAUGUUAGUAAUGUAAGUGCGGAGAUUGAUCCGCAGAGGUUGUUGGAGUUUUUCUCGAGGUUUGGGGAGGUUGAAGAAGGGCCCUUGGGGCUUGAUAAAGCUACUGGGAGACCUAAAGGUUUCACCUUGUUUGUUUAUAAAACUGCGGAGAGUGCUAAGAAGGCGUUGGAGGAGCCGCAUAAGAAGUUUGAAGGUCAUGUUUUGCAUUGUCAUAAGGCGAAUGAUGGGCCUAAACCUGUUAAGCAGCAGCAGCGUCAACAUCACCAGAGCUAUUACAGUCAGGAGUCACGUUACCAGAGGAGUGAAGAUAGUGGUUACGGUCAUGGGGGUUUUGUAGCUGGUGGGAAUAAUAACCAGGGGUUGAAUCCAGCUAUUGGUCAGGCUAUUACGGCUUUGUUGGCGUCUCAAGGUGGUGGUGUGGGUAUGAACCAAGCGUUUGGACAGGCUUUGUUGGGGAGUUUGGGGGCGUCUAGUCAAGGAAAUGGAGGUGGAAUGCCAAGUGGCUAUGGGGUUCAAGCGAAUAUUACACCAGGGGUGUAUCCUGGGUACGGUUUCCAAGGUGGUUUUCAGGGAGGUUAUGAGACGCAGCUUCCUGGUCAGGGAGGUUAUCAGAGUCAGCAACCUGGUCAGGGUAGUGCUGGAAGAGGACAGCAUGGUUUGGGGUAUGGUGGUCAAUACAUGUAA